UACGAUUGUUGUGCUGCGACACAGCUGAUAUGCACGUGCACUAUCAAUUAAUUUAGUUUGUAAUUUAGUGAAUGCUGCAAAGAAAUUAUAAAAAGGAUAUGCUAGAAAACACACCCCCGCAUCGUCCGGACAUUGACGGUGAAGAUGAAAUGUUCGAGGAAAUUGAGGUAGAUGCAAAUGAACCGACACAAGAUGAUGACGAAUUGGAAAUGGAGGAAAUAACGCUGGCCGAACUGGAGGCCCGACUGGGCAUGCACGAUGACGCGGACGAUGACGAAAAUGAUGCAGAAGAAGAAGCCAAGGAUCGAGAAAGGAUAUCCCAGAUAAAAGACGAGGCGGCGGUCACAUUUAAAAAACACACAGCUCCAGUCUUUGCCUGCAGUUUACAUCUCCAAAAUAGCUGGGCCGUCACAGGAAGUGAAGAUGACAAAGCGUAUGUGUGGGAUAUAGCAACGGGAGACGUUCUCUUUGAGAUCGUCGAACACAAGGAUACUGUGACAGAGGCUCAUUUCAGUAACGAUGGUUUGUACCUGGCCACAGGGGACCUUUCUGGCGAAAUAUUCGUUUUUAAAUUAAAUGAGCAGAGGGAGGAAAACCCAAUUUUCCACAAAGUUUGGGAGUAUUCUAUGAGUGACAUGACGUGGAUGUUUUGGCAUCGCGGUGCGCAUGUGCUCUUAGCUGGCAGUGACAGCGGAGAAAUCUAUGUUUGGCGGAUACCAGGUGGAGAUUGUAAAAUUUUACCAGGAGAAUCUUCAAGAUGCGAGGCAGGUGAACUAAGUGGCGAUGGCAAGAAGUUACUUACAGCUUACAUUAAUGGAACAGUCAGAUUAUGGGAUCUUAAAUCAUGUCAAAUAUUGAUGGAAGUCAAUGACCAGCAUCCAAUGGGUUUUCAGGAAAUUACUCAUGCCGUAGUAGCCUGUGAGAAGGAUUCGCCCUUCUAUAUCUGUGGAGAGGCAAAUGGCAAACUCCUCUUUUGUACGAACAAUGGACCAGUGUGUAAUGCGCAAGCUGAGCACGGCAUAGAGUGCAUAGCCUUUGCCCCUUCCUCUACGCAGUUGAAACUCUUUGCUGUUGGUUCUCUCGACGGUCAGAUAUCCAUUUGGGACUACAGUAAAUAUAGUUUGCGCAUGAUUUGUGAAAGUCCAGUACCCAAUGAUGGAGUUCUGGGAAUAAAAUGGUUAAACGACUUCACAGUUCUGGCGGCUACCACGCAGGGCAACUUGAAUGUUUUUGAUGCUCGUACAGGUACUCUUAAAUUCAAACUGACGGGUCACUACUAUCAUAUUUAUGAAGUUGUCUAUAACCCAACCGAAAGUAUACUUUUAAGCGUUUCCGAGGACAACACGGCAAAAAUAUUUAGGAUUCCCCCGCUGGGCGAAUAAAAACAACUAGCCUUUUGUAAAUAAAAUAAUCACACAUGCGACAUUCGAAGAUAAAAAUGUUAUGAUUACAAAUACAAAAUGAAUUCAUUUAGUGA